GGGGGGCACUAGAUUACACGCUAGCUUACUGUGGUAUUUUCGCGGAAAUAAUGCGGGAUUCAUUAUUUCUCGUUUUUGAUAGGUUUAUAAACAGAAACAUACAAGGAGGUCAAACUGGGGGCCUGGAUACAUUAUCGCCGACAAUGGGAGCCCCCAUGAAUAUUCUUCUCUGGAAAAUUCAUGAAUACAGAGUAUUUUGUGAAACAAUACGGAGGGAAGGAGGAAAGAAAGGGGAAAAAAAGCAGUCGCUAAAAUCAUUACCAUGCCACGGGAGUCCUCUUUAUUUUAUUUCAUUUCACUUUUUUUUGCGGGGCUGCGGAUGGUAGGUCUGUCUUAGCUGAUCCCCCAUUCCUCUAAGGCUUGGGUUGGGGCCCGCACACCCUUCGUUCGUUCGUUACCCGCAAGGCCUGUCUUGUGCCUCUUCAUCCUUUUCUCUUGCCUUCUUUCCCCCCUUCCUCCCCACAACAAACCUUCCCACCACCAAACCGGUUUCCACUACAGAUUUAUCAGUUCUCCUCACCCACCGCCAAUUCGUGUCUGGGUAUCUUUUCUUAUCUGUCCUGUUUGUCACCCAUCCCCAAGCGUUUACAUUGCACUUUCCCUGUCUCCCCACUCAACCCCGCAUUUCCCAUGGCUGGUGAGGCUCUGAGCUAAUUGGCGUUACUGGGGGACGAAUAGCUUGAGAAAUCCUUCAUCUCGACGCAAUGUCCUCUACUGCUGCAGUUACACAGCCGAACACCUCCCGUGGGAAGAAGAAGGGUAAGGGAGGUGGGGGAGGAACUCCAUCCCCUGCUCCCGAAUUAGCGCAAGACAAGAUGGCCGACUCUACAAAUGAUCUCGUGAAAACCGGUGAUAAAGGAGAGAAAGAGUAUUUGAAAUGGAUCACGAAGUAGGUCUUUGAUCUGUCCACAUCAAGUUCCUGUAGCUUAAACCCCCUUUUCAACAGGCAGCUCAAAAAACACGCCAAAAAACUUGUAAGUAUACUGACCCCCCACAGUAAACUAGGAAUUCUGUGCCAUAAGCAAACAUCUACUAGUUUUUCUACUACGCUACACGCUGACUGUAGCUAUUUGCUGAUCAUUCUCAAUGCUAAAUAGGAUAGUAUUGCAAAGUCUGAAGAGAAGAUCAAGGAUCUUUCCGAAGAGGAGAAGGCUACUACCAAGAUUAUCAACGCCGAUGAGCGCAAUAAAAUUAUUGGGAAACCUAUUACUCUUGCAUUACACAAGGAGCUCAAGGAAUGCUACGAAAACCUUUUAAAAGCUUCUGAACUGGAGGACAAGCGCCUAGAAUCUGAGAAGGUUGAAGCUCAGGCAAGGCUCGAGAAGGCUGUUGAAGAGGCAAAGGCUGAAGCGCAGGAAGAGAUGGACCAGGCUGCCAGAGCUAAGAUCCUGACUGUCGUCAAAUUCUUGAGACUUGCGGGGCACCGCCGGAACAACAAGAGUGGCGACGAGGACGAGGAUGAAGCUAUUGAAAGGGUUCUCGUUCUUGUAUAUGGUGGCGAUCAGAGUGCUAUCGAUACUUGUCUCAAGCUUGCUAACGGCUCCGAAGAGCCGGUCGAUGGCUUUCAAGUUUCUUGUAAGGAUACCCCCCAUUCUCUUACUCUUGUGCUAGGCACGACACCUACGGUUGCAGGGGCUGAGUCGGUUUCCUGGUGUCUAAUUUUCUUUACACAGAUUCACGCAUUCAGGACGUUGCCCAUUCUCUCAGGAUACCAGGUGUGGGCGACGAGGAGAUCGAGGAGCCACAGGAAGAUGUUGGGGAACCGGAAACCGAACAGCAACAGCAAGAUAAACAAGAGGAACCACCUACUUACGAGGCGGCUGCUGGAGAUGGUUUCGACCUCGCUACACAGGACGAAAAAGUUCCCCUUUAUGCCGAGGGCGCCGCUGAGGACAUUCAGGCCCCUCCCCAGCAAGCCUAUACUAAUGGAGACGAGCUUGAGGCACCUGCAAUUCUCCCCGAUAUACCUCUCGCCGACAGUGAUGCUAGUAAUCAUGCAGCCAAGGAGGUUGAAUUGGAGGGCAGCGAGGACCAAACGCAGGCCCAGGUGACCGGAGAAACACAGGCACAGGACGCACCAGCAACACAGACCGCUAACGGUGGACCGGCUGGGGGCUCUUGGGCAGAUGAUCAACCCAAGACCCCAGAGGCUAGUGAUGAGUUCCAGAAUGUUGAGCGCCGUGGUAGGGGGCGUGGGUUCCGCGGUGACCGUGGCCAAGGCAGAUGGCGUGGACGUGGUCACCGUGGAGACAGAGGAGGGUACCGUGGAGACCGAGGGGAUAGAGGUGGCUACCGCGGCCGUGGAGGUCAUCAGCGUGGCGAAGGAGGGGAGCGUGUGGAUCGUGGGGACCGUCCAUACCGUCACAGACCGAAAAACACAGACCGCCAACAACCUCAACAAGCCACCACAUCUUCUACCUAACUGGUCGGAGUUGACCUUAAUCUGCCAACUAACUGCAUUGUACUCAUAUCCUGUUCUACUACUGUCUGUAAUUUUCCUUGUGAUUGAUAUCUCUUUGUGUUUUUCUGUUCUUGCUUCACGUUAGUGGGGAAGGGUUGGGGGAUACAAAAAAACUCGAAAUCUGCGAUGUUUUCAUAGGGAGAUGAGGGUGGUUUAAGUGUGGGUGCGUGCAUCUUAGUCGCUUCUAGUUCGGAAAACAAAACCAAAACGAAAAGUUUUUUCCUUGAGUUUCUCUCUUUCUCCUUUCCUCCUCUUACAUUUUCAUUCGUCCUCCGGGUAAAACGCAGGAUAUGGGGGGCAAAAGUUUGGGGGUACGGUUUUGGGGAAAGGGGUGUUUUGCAUUAUUCCCUUCUUUUGCUGUUCUUGAUAUCUCUAUCUCUCUUUAUAUCUAGGUCCCACUUUCUUUCGUUUUAUAUCUCUUUUUUCCUUUUUCUCCCCCCUCCCCCCAUUUUUCCCAAAAGCGUCUGAUUCAAAAUCUAUUGGGGGGAGCAUAGCAUUUUCAAAGGUUGGGAACGCUUUAUUACGGAGAGGACGCGCACAUGUUUGUCGCGGCGACGAUGAUGAUAAUGACGAAUGCUAGUACCGUGCAACACGAGGUUGGAAAGUUAGGUGUAAUGUUCCGAAACAAGUCAGUCAGAUAUGGAUUGCUACAAGUACCGUACAGUGCGGGUGGGCCAUAUGGUGGUGGUGAUGAUGCCUUGAGACGGAAGCAGUAGCGGCUAAGCUGGCUCUGUACGAUAGCAAGCUCCUGGGUAGUCUAUUUAGUUAUUUGGUUACAAGUUGAUAGCCCUCAUUGCUCAGCAUUCACCAAAUGUUAAGCACCUCUUGGGUUAGCUAGAGCACCGUAUCGGACAGAUGCACACCGGUAUUCAGAACAAAAUGGCAUGGACCGCUCCGUACCUCUUUGGAGGUGCUGUAGUGCACAUAAGUGCACCACCGGUAGUAGGCGCUGUGCGGUGCCGAGCCAUACAGUUCAGUGCCGGUACCUUGCAGGCGGGAGGUUCGAAGCUCUCGAUACGCCAAAAACGUACUUGAAUACGGUAGUGCUGUGAUAGUACUAGUACAGCCGCACUUCCCAAGCCCGAAAUCGGUUUUCAAGGGUCUUUUUUUCUCGGGUUGGUGCUUGCUGCGCGGUAUGAUAACCCGGGAGGUAACUUAUAUAAGCCUUGGUUGGAAACUAAAAAAAAACAAAAAACCACUCUUUUUGUGAAGAAAGUACGAGUCGUACUUGUACACCGUGCACAGCGCUGGUUGUUGUUGCCCUGGAUCCGUACAGUACUGUGCUGUACUGUACCGAGAGCUUAGAACCUCCCUACCAUGCUACCGGUAGUAUCAUAUCCAUGUUCAUGCAAAAGCCGCCACGCCACGAUACCGGUACGGUCCAGGGCUGUAGGAGCACACCUCGCAGCUCCCCAGGACCUAUCUAUCAUACCCGCCCCCGUCUCAUCUAUCCAUCCACCAUCCAACAACACAUCAAUUGCUCCUGUGGACAUACCGUGCCCCAUCCGCCGUAUGGGUCUACGGUGCCGCAGGAUUAUAUGAUACCCAGAGGAUCCGGCAACCAACCGGCUGGCCGCCCUUAUCAGUUAAGGUAACCAAAGUUCGAAAGAAGGGGAAAAUAAGGGCAGAGUAAAGAUCUGCAAUGCUCGGGCGGUAGAAUAAUGAAGAUCGUGCACUUUUUUUUUUGCUGGAUGGAUGGAUGAAUGAAUGAAGGGAUGAAUGGAGGGUUGCGGG